GGCGGGAGCGGAGCCGCUGCCCGCUCGGUCCGGACGCCGGACACCCGUCCUGCUCGGUGAGCGGCCCGGGACGCCGAAGGAGGGUCGGCGCGGAGCGCGGGACCGCCGCCACGGUCGCCAUGUGCUCUCAGAUCUGGUUCCUGACGGACCGGCGCAUCCGCGAGGACUACCCGCAGGUGCAGAUCCUGCGCGCCCUCCGGCAGCGCUGCUCCGAGCAGGACGUGCGCUUCCAGGCGGUGUUCAUGGACCAGAUUGCCGUCACUGUCGUCGGCGGCCACCUAGGCCUGCAGCUGAACCAGAAGGCCCUCACCACCUUCCCGGAUGUCGUGGUUGUGCGAGUGUCCACACCUUCCGUGCAGUCUGACAGCGACAUCACCGUCCUAAGGCACCUAGAGAAGCUGGGCUGCCGCUUGGUCAACCGCCCACAGAGCAUCUUAAACUGCAUCAACAAGUUCUGGACAUUCCAAGAGCUGGCUGGACAUGGGGUACCCAUGCCAGAUACCUUCUCCUAUGGUGGGCAUGAAGACUUUUCAAAAAUGAUCGAUGAAGCAGAGCCCCUGGGCUACCCAGUUGUGGUGAAGAGCACUCGGGGCCACCGGGGAAAAGCUGUUUUUCUGGCUAGAGAUAAGCAUCAUCUGUCUGACAUCUGCCACCUGGUGCGCCAUGAUGUACCCUACCUGUUCCAGAAGUAUGUGAAGGAGUCACAUGGGAAGGACAUCCGGGUGGUGGUGGUGGGCGGCCAGGUGAUCGGCUCCAUGCUGCGCUGCUCCACAGAUGGCCGGAUGCAGAGCAACUGCUCUCUGGGUGGUGUGGGCGUCAAGUGUCCACUGACAGAACAAGGCAAGCAGCUGGCUAUCCAGGUGUCCAACAUCCUGGGCAUGGACUUCUGUGGCAUUGACCUUCUCAUCAUGGAUGAUGGCUCCUUCGUGGUGUGCGAGGCAAACGCCAACGUUGGCUUCCUAGCCUUCGAUCAGGCAUGCAACUUAGAUGUGGGGGCGAUCAUUGCAGACUAUACCAUGUCCUUGUUGCCAAACAGGCAGACUGGGAAGAUGGCCAUCCUCCCAGGACUGUCGAGCCCCAGGGAGAAGAGUGAACCAGAUGGCUGUGCUUCAGCUCAGGGAGUUGCAGAGAGCGUCUACGCCAUCAACAACGGGUCUACUUCUAGCGAGAGUGAGCCUGAACUGGGAGAGGCCCGGGAUUCCUCAGCAAACACAAUGGGGGUCCCCCCACCACAUGCUGCCAGGGCCUGGCUACAGCAUUAACAGCAGGACUGCUUCAGAACUACAACUCCAGUGAAUUCCUGCUUUUUUGGCAGCAUUUAAACCAAAUCCUAUUGCUUCCCUAAGUAGUUUCCAGUGAAUAAAAUCUGGACUAAUGUGAUUUCAUUUGCACAGAAACUAGAACUCCCAUCUGGGCACUCAGUGUUCUUUCUAACGAUGAUUUGAACAAAUGGCCUAGCUUUGUGGUUUUUAUGCAGACUAAUAUAAAAACACUCACAAAGAACAA